ACGAGUCCAGUUCAGUGAAAUCCGAACGCCACGCCCACCACAGCAUCAGCAUGUGGAGCCCACAAAAAGGUCCUACACGGCUGUGGGACCUUAGACUUAGUAGCUGUAUAUUUAUUUUACACUUAAUGUUUAGUUUAGUCAUAGCUGGUAAUGAACUGUGGCCCAUGGACCGGCCCGAUGGCAUGCCCAACAUUGUCUCGCUGGAGGUGAUGUGCGGCAAGGAUCACAUGGAUGUACAUCUAACAUUCUCGCAUCCAUUUGAGGGAAUCGUAAGCUCCAAAGGACAACAUAGCGAUCCGCGUUGCGUGUAUGUGCCGCCUUCGACGGGCAAGACAUUCUUCUCGUUUCGCAUCUCGUAUUCACGAUGCGGCACCAAGCCGGAUCUCAACGGGCAGUUCUACGAGAACACGGUAGUCGUGCAGUACGACAAGGAUCUGCUCGAGGUGUGGGACGAGGCGAAGCGUCUGCGCUGCGAGUGGUUCAAUGACUACGAGAAGACCGCCUCCAAGCCGCCGAUGGUGAUUGCCGAUCUCGAUGUGAUUCAGCUCGAUUUUCGCGGUGACAAUGUCGACUGCUGGAUGGAGAUUCAGCAUGGCAAGGGACCCUGGGCGCCGCCUGUAAGCGGCAUUGUGCCCCUCGGCUCCACUCUGACCCUCGUUGUGGCCAUCAACGACUAUCGUGGCGAAUUUGAUAUGCGCGUCAAGUCCUGCUUGGCCUCGGACGGAUCGGGACAUGUGAUCAAUCUGUCGGAUGAGUUCGGCUGCGUGCUGAGGCCCAAGAUGAUCUCACGGUUCCUGAAGGCGCGCGCACCCGAUGAGAGGGCCACCGUCAUCACGUACGCCUUCUUCCACGCCUUCAAGUUCCCCGAUGCCCUGAGCGUGCACAUCAAGUGCAAGGUGGAGAUCUGUCGUCAUGGCUGCCUCGAUCACUGCCAGAACUCGGGCGUUGCGGGUGCCGGCAGCGGUGAGGGUCUCGCCCUCGGCCUGGGCCAUGGCGUGACCAAUGCCAACGAGCGCAAGGACGUCCACAUGGGCGAUCCAAUGAGCAGCAGCAGCACCAACGACCUCCUGCGGGACCUGUCCCUGCCCCCGGCCCAGCAUGGAAUGGGCAUGGGCAUGGGAAUGGGCAUGGGCAUGGGAAUGGGCAUGGGCAUGGGUUCGGGUGUGGAUCAUGACAUCUUCUAUGAGGACAUAAUACACGACCAGAAGCAGACGAUUGGCGCUGGUCAGGGAUCUGUUGGGGACUAUGGAGGGACACACGAGAAGAGCGCGAAUCUGCAGCCGCGACCCGUGCACGAGGAGCAGGAGGAAGUGGACCUGUCCGAUCUGUUCGGUGACGACGAUCUCGCCGAUCUGGCCGACAUGGAGGGCAGCGAUGGUGAGCGCUAUUUGGGGUUGAAGAAGAGCGGCAAGUUCCCCCACGGACCGCGGCAGCUGGAGGCGCAGAAGCGCAUGGGCGUGCCCAUGGCCGGACCCCGUUCCCUGGAGCCCCGCAGCGAUGCUGAGGAUGUGCCACGGCCCGUCUAUCGGCCCCAGGCGGAGCCACUGAAGCAGUCGCGCGAGGAUCAUGUCGAUCUGGAUGUGGACGUGGCAGAGGAGCACAAGGAGGGCGCCUCCACCUCCACAUCAUCCACCACAGAGGCGCCGGAGAGCCCUGACCAGAGUCGCAGUCGUCGUCGUCGUCGCCGGUCUCUGGUCAUCUCCGAUCGCAAGGUGCGCAGCGCCGAUGUGGGUGUCAGUGGACUCUAUGACGUCAUCUCGGAGGCGGAUCUGGCCUUCUCGCCGGACUCGAAGCAGGAGGCGGUGACCGUGUUCCAGGGCAAGAUCAGCGAGGAGGUUGUCUACGGCAUCUGCAUGCCGGUGCCCGGCUUCAGCAUUCUCUUCAUUGUUGUCAUCUCGGCGACAAUUGUGUCGGCCCUGGUCGCCGGCUCGCUGCUCUAUCGCUACCAGCUGCAGAAGGAGGCGCUGGAGAAGCAGACGCCCAUGCCGGUGCCCGGCACCCUGGCCUCCUGGAUGACUCUGCGCCUCUUCCGACUGCGCCACAUGCAGCAGCAGCAACAGCAGGAGCAGGUGCAGGUGCAGCAGGUGCGGCAGCAGAGUCCCGUUGUGGGGCACGAAACGGUUCAGUGAUCGGUGAUCGGACAUCGGAUUGGAUUGGAUUGUGGCCUUUGCUCCGUCUUCGUCUUCGUCUUCGUCUUUGCCUUCCAAUUAUUAUUUAUUUUUUGUUUUGUUUUUGCUUAGUGCCGUUCAGAGAGAGAGAGAGAGAGAGAGAGAGAGAGAGAGAGAGAGUGAGAUUCCGAGAUGAAGAUGGAGAUGGCACGCACACCGUUAUGUUAGCUUCUCGUCCGUAUCCGGGCAACAAUGCAAUACUCGACUCGAACCACACGCAAAAAAGACUCCAAAAAGGGUUCCAGCUUCACAUUCGUAUUGGUGCUGAACGAAACGAACGAACGAUCGACAGAUCCAUUACAUUUUUGUUUGUUUGGGUGCAUUUAGUCGUAAAACACAAGAACAAAAACAAAAACAGAACACAAGCACACAUCACAAACAUAUAGAGAAAGAGAGACACAAAGCAGAAUUGCAGCGGUUGUUGCGACACACGCGGCUGCAAGGUGAAUUUACUCAUAAGGUGGCAGCUGCACAGAGAGUGCUGCUGAGUGCCGCGACGUCUGCUACUAACACCUACUACUGGCAUCACCUUUUUAGUAAAUUCACCUUGCAGCCAGCAGCGGUGCUCAAUGUUGACAGCGCAAAUAUGAGUAGAUGAGAGGAUGAGAGAGUUGAGUGAGUUGAGAGAGUUCACAUAAUCUAGGAUUAAGGGAAAACUUAUUUAUUUAUUGAUACAUAUACAUAAUAAUAAAUACUUACAUAUUUAGUACCAUAAUAUACAUAUUUGAGAAUAUCGUACGAUAUCAAGCUAUAGCUUUAAGCCACAUCGAAAAACAAAUCGCAAAAUUUCUAAAUUGAAUUUUAAGCAAACAAAAAAUUUGUUUAAAAUUGCGUUUUUUUUUUGUUUUUUUUGUACUUAUUUGCGUGUGUCUUGCGUGUUGUUUUGGCAUUGGUAACGCGAGUUUAAUUUAGGGGAAAAUUAGUUAAAUUAUUUUAUUGACUUACGCAAUCAUCUAGUAAAAUGCUCAUUCUCAUCAUUCAUAUUUGAAAACACACACAAACACAAACACACCCAUACACAUACAGACAAACAGACUCUCUCUACCAUUUACCGCUUAUGGCAAGGCAUUUGUCUAUAUGCAUAUAGAGAAUUAAG